AGCACAAAUAUUCUUUCCCACUUUCUGAAUCUGCUGCUCCAGUAAUUAAUGAUUGGCCCACAUUAAAAAAUAAUCCAGAAUAUUUGGAAGUUGUGUGCCUCACUUUCUCCUUUAUCAUUCCCACCAGCUAUUAAUGAUUUUGAUAGUAAUGUUGGGUUCUUUGGGUUUUAGAAUUGGAUUUUGCUUCUGGGUCUGAAAGUGCAGAGCGAGAACUUCGUUAAUUUAUCUUGCUUUGUUGGGUAAGUUGUCACUUUUUGGAGAUAACCUAGACAGCCCAGUUGAAUUUUGCAUUUUUGAAGUGGGUUUCAGUCUUUAGGGUUUUUGGGUUGAAACCCAGAACGAAUUUGAGGUUUGAAGUGCUGAAGAGUGAUAGAGUUUAAAUUUUUGGUGACUGAGAGAAUUUAGAAGGUCAAACAACUUCUUUUCAGAUUUCUUAUAUGCAUUAUGAAUUUACAGUGGAAAUUUAGUUGUUCUUAGAUGCAGGUUGUGGUUGAAAGACGCUCAUAGGUGAAUUUGAUGGCAGACUCUGGUUCAUGGAUAGUAUAAUCUAGAUAUUCAUUCAGUUCUGUUAGCUUGAAUUGAUUGGUUUUGGUAUAGGAGAUGUUUGAUAGAAGUUUGGCAGUAUCUGUUCAUACAUUAAAAUACCCAUCAUGUAUUUCGGGUUUUGGAAAGAGUCAUACGAGUGUGUAUAAGACAAGGUUAAAUCCAGUUCUAGCUAUGCCCCCUUCAUCAGUUCUCUUACACACAGAUGAAAAUGGAAAAUUUCAACAACUUAAGAAGAGUUCUGGUUCAAAUGAAGCUUCACUAGGCUGUCAUUCUUUGCAUAAUCAAGCUAAAACAGUUGGUAUAAUUGGAGGAGUAUCAGUAAAUUCUACUUUGAAUUUUUUGACAAAGUUGAUUCAACUGAGUGGUCAAGAAAAUAGCAUUCCCUUUGUGCUUUGCUCUGAUCCUGUGUUAAAUAAGGAAUUAUUGUUCUAUGAGAGGAACUCUUUGCCUUUUGUGAAUGGUAAAAGUGGAUGUGCUCAAGCUGACCCUACCUCAAUUGUCGAGAAUUUGAGGAGUAAAAGGGAUUUUCUUGAGAAAUCAGGAGCUCGCUGCAUCGUAAUGCCUUGUCAUCUCUCUCAUACUUGGCAUGAUGAGGUUUCUAGUGGAUGUUCUGUUCCUUUCCUGCAUGUAAGUGAGUGUGUUGCCAAGGAGCUGAAGGAAGCAAAGCUCAAGCCUCUUGAAGCUGGGAGUCCUUUGAGGAUUGGGGUGCUUGCAACAAAUGCAGGGUUUUAUCAGGAGAAACUUCAGAGUGAGGGAUUUGAGGUUGUGCUACCAGAUAAAGCAACCAUUGAACAUACGGUGAUCCCUGCAAUAGAUGCUUUAAACGGAAAGGACAUGGAAGGGGCCCGGAAUUUGAUGAGAAUUGCACUUCAGGUACUGUUGGUGCGGGCAGUGAACACUGUAAUCCUGGCCUCUGAUGAUAUGCGGGGUAUAUUGCCUCAUAAUGAUCCUCUUCUUAAGAAAUGCAUCGACCCACUGGAUAUACUUGCCAAGUCAACCAUUGAGUGGGCGAAAUCUGCUGAAAGAGGUACAUAGAGAAUGCCAACAACUUGAUUAAUCUAGUUCACCAUCCAUCUCCAUUUUGCCAAAAUUUUAUGUGUAAAUGUGUUACACAAAUAUUGUCAUCAUGUGAGGAAUUCGUGUGUUUAUUUGAAGAUUAAAAGGUGAAAGGGUGCCUUUUUAAAUGAGUUAAAUUCUUCAAUCUGAAAAUCCCUUUUGUAUCUUGACUUCUUAAAUAUGCAAAAUUGUUCUUCAAUGUUU